GGGGAUCGAAUUACCCGAUUGUCGCUUGUGCAGGCGGUGGUGCCGGUCGUGUCCCUUGUCAGGUCUCGCGAAGCAAAGAGCACGUGAUGCAAUCGAGAUUCCGGCCACUAAUUCGCAGCAAAGCUUGAGGAUGGGUCCUGAGAACAGUGAGGGCAACGAGUCCAUUCCCCUGCUGAUUGAUGUGCUGCAAAAGAAAACCUCCCCGGCGCGCCGAGCUCGCAGCCCGGACAAGAACGAGACGUCCUUCGGCGAGGUCUUGCCACAGCAGGGCAGCGGAUUGUCGCUCCUCUUUGCCACUUUGUGCAUCGUCGACCUGUUCGGCGUCUUUCCAAUCGUCGCCCUACCUCGAGCCAUCAUUAACUGCGGUUGGAUUGGGAUUCCUGUAGCUCUUUCCGUGUUCACGCUGCAAAUCUACACGGCGCGCCUGUUGGGCCGAUGCUGGGUCAUGGCCGAGCGGAUUAACCCUCUAAUCAUGCUAAAAAGCAGGUACCCUUACGCGGCUCUCGCCGAGGAGGCCUUGGGCCUGAAAGCGAGUCGUCUCGUCUCCUUUUUGCUGGAUAUUACUGUUUUCGGUGGCUGCAUACCAAACCUACUUGUAGCCUCGCAGAACCUGCAGCUGAUCGGAUUGAAAAUGUCUCACUGGAGUUUCGAGUUCUCUUUUUGCUACUGGUUGGUGCUCGUCGGCAUCGCUCUCUGUCCCAUCAUGUGGCUCGGCAGCCCCAAGGACAUGAAGUGGCUCGCCGGAACGUCUGUUUUCACCGUGGGCUCCGUGGGAGUGCUGACCUGGGUCACCAUGAUCACCGACACGCGUGACCUCGAAAUUGCACCUGUCCCCGCCAUAUCCUGGGAGGCGAUCGCUGUCGCUUACGGAGUCAUUGCGUUUCAAUUCGACAUCCACCCGAUGAUUCUGACAGUGCAGGUUGACAUGGAGCGGAAAAACGAGCUUGGAAAAGCAAUCACGUGCGGAUUUCUCGUCACGUGCAGCUUAUUUCUGACCACGACUGUGAUCGCCAUGUGGCGCUACGGGUCAACCGUGACCCCCAACCUCCUGCAGGGCAUGCCGGCCAAUGCUCCUCUGUACGCGGACGUGCUCCUGGUCACUCUGCAGAUCUGUUUGUCCAUGGUGGUGGGGGGCUGCGCCCUUUUCCAGGACGUCGAGGACAAACUUGGAAUACCCAGAGAAUUCAAUUGGAAACGAUGUGUAGUUCGCAGCACACUCAUCAUGUUGGCUGUUGGUCUAGGCCUAACUGUGCCCAGGUUUGACCUCAUCAUGGGACUUAUAGGUGGGGCGCUGACGGGUCCUUUGAUGUUCAUUUUCCCGCCGCUCUUCUACCUGCACCUGAGCCAGAACGCCCUUUCUGGAGCGCGGCGCCACCCCCUGUGGAUGGCCGCCGAACGCAUGUUGCUGUUCGGCGUCAUUUUGGCCGGGGUGGCGGCCACCGGGGCGGCCACGUACUUCUCCAUGGUGGAGACGAUUCAGUACGCCGACUUCACGCCACCCUGCAUCGUCAACGUUACCUCGGCCUCGCGAGCGUGGAUCAACGAGGCCUUUGAUUUUGAACUUUGAAAUAAUUUUAAAAGUAAUUCGAGCAGGUUCAAAUACUUAUACAUGAUACUGUAUUUAAUACUUUAUUUUUUUUGAUUGAAAAUUAAUGCUCAGAUAUUUAUUUCCAUUCAGGUAUUUUGGGAAAUAGAUUAUAUAUUCAUUACCAUUUUACUCAGAGAAAUUGCAUUUUCAAGGGUUUUUAUUUUACGUAAUCAAUCAAUUUUACUAAAAAAUGUUCUGUUUUGUAGACUUGCAAAUUUUAGUACACAGAGUUAACCUCAUUAUCUGAAUUAUUCUUAGUUCGUUUUAGUGUGAUUUAUUUGUAUAUGGAGGCUGUUUUCUUCAUACAUUUGAUUACUUGGUUUAGUCAGUUUUGAGGUAGUUUCAAAACUCAAAACUGGCAUUUUAAUAAACACUUAAUAAUAAUAAUUAAAAUUUAUUGCACCACUGAUAUGAAAAUCUGAUCUGAUAUUUAAAAGUUUAAAAUUUGCAUCAUUUUUGUUCUUUUAGUUUUUAUUCACUUAUUUGUGAAUUAAUAAAUCUAAUUCGCUUCAUCAUUCCCAGACUUUUUUCAAAAUUUUUAAUCAUUGAAAAUUUUGAAAAUCCCAAUAGUUUAAUAAAUUGUGUGGAGCACUGUUUUUAUUUUUUAAAGUAAUUUCACGAAAAAAGAUUUAUUGAAAAAUCUCGUUUCAUUUUCUUUUUUUAAUAAAGUGUAUAAGUCAAGUAAUUUAGGGAUCAGCUAUGAUGGUUUGGUCCCGUUAUUCUUGUUUUCUGAAAAUGCAGGUCAUUGAAUCGAUCAAUGAUGAAAUUUCUUGGGGGUUUUUUGCGUUUAUUAAUCAAAAAAUGAUCCACAGCUAAUAUUUGCAAGUCAACUUCGUUCUUUUGUGUUAUUAUAUUGCUUAAAAUAGGAAUUUUUUAAAAAAAAAAUCAAUAGUGAUUCAAAACUUUCAAAGUUAAAGGAUCGGUAUUUUUUAUAAUGUAAUUUUCUGAAAACUGCAUUUUUGGGUAAUGGGAAUCAAAGCAAAUCGCAAUAUGUGAGCAUGAAUUUUGGUACAUAAAAUCAAAAAUUUUUCUCUCUAUAUUGUUACUGUUUAAAAUUAUUUAUUGUUAGUGUUUUCUUACUAUACUUUCAUUAAAAAAAAUCAACAAUUUGAAUUAUAUUAGUGACUUGUCUUCCUUGAAAAUCAAAACAAGAAUAAGCUUGGAAACAUCCAUAAUUUUAUAUUACUUUUUCAGUAUUUGGAAAACGGCUUUGAUUACGUUUUCCCUGUUUCUGGCCAUAAUUUAUGCCCACUCAACCAAUAUAUUGCGAUAUUUAACAAACAUAGUAGAUUAUACACCAACUUAACUCUAAUUAUUUUAUUAAAUUUCGCUUUCAAAGUGGAGUUGAAAUAUACAAAAUAACAAUCUAAUCAUAUAUGUAUAGGUGCAAGGUUAAUUUUUAACAGCUGUUAUAAAUAUUAAUUUGGAAGCGUGGCAGGCGAUUCUACUCAUUAGAAUUAAGUGUGACUCACCACGCACGUGAUUCGAUUUCCGUAUCAGUGAGAAAGUUGACACGGAGAGAUUUUUAAACAAUUGGAUUUUUAAUAAAAGAAAGUAAUAGA